AGUGACGUCAGCGCGCUGCGUCGCAGGAAGAAAACAAACCCGUCGGUGAAGACAAACCAGCAGCCAAACACUGACCCGUUUCUGUGAUCAAUGGUCGGUUAUUUAAACAAUAAACCGGUAUAAUAACCGGUCACAUGUCGGUCCGACCGCAGAACAACAUGGAUUCACCCGGACAUUAAACCUGGAGACACCAACGGCUCCACUGUGUUUCUAACCGCCAAAACUAACGGGUCUCCGUUGUUCUCUACUGACGGCUGCGUGACCUCUGACCCCCACCAUGAGCUCCCGAGUGUGCAGGACGUGCGGGGGGGCAGACAUCGACGUGGACCAGGCUCGGGGCAGCGCCGUGUGCACCGGCUGUGGCUCGGUUCUGGAGGACAACAUCAUCGUCUCCGAGGUCCAGUUCGUGGAGGGAAGCGGAGGAGUUUCAUCUGCUGUGGGGCAGUUCGUCUCCGCCGACGGUCCAGUUAAAGCUCCUCUUCUUGGUUCUGGGUUUCAUACCAGCGUUGGGAAAGAGUCCCGGGCCCAGACACUGCAGGGGGGGAAGCGUCAGAUUCAGCAUCUGGGCUCCCAGCUGCAGCUGAAUCAACAUUGUCUCGACACGGCCUUCAACUUCUUCAAGAUGGUCGUCAGCAAACACCUGACGCGCGGACGCAAGACAGAGCACGUCAUCGCCGCCUGCCUCUACCUGGUGUGCCGCACCGAGGGGACGCCCCACAUGUUGCUGGACCUGAGCGACCUGCUGCAGGUGAACGUUUACAUCCUGGGAAAAACCUUCCUGCUGUUGGCUCGAGAGCUCUGCAUCAACGCUCCCGCCAUCGACCCGUGCCUGUACAUCCCUCGGUUCGCCCACAUGUUGGAGUUCGGCGUGAAGACUCACGAGGUUUCCAUGACGGCUCUUCGUCUGGUGCAGAGGAUGAAGAGGGACUGGAUGCACACGGGACGCCGGCCCUCAGGCCUCUGUGGAGCAGCUCUGCUGGUCGCCGCUCGGAUGCACAAAUUUCGGCGGACGGUGAAAGACGUGAUCAGCGUGGUGAAGGUCUGCCAGACCACUCUGAGGAAGAGACUAACGGAGUUUGAGGACACGCCCACCAGUCAGCUGACCAUCGAUGAGUUUAUGAAGGUGGAUCUGGAGCAGGAGUGUGACCCGCCGUCCUUCACCGCCGCGCAGCACAAAGUCAAGAUGCAGCAGCUGGAACAUGAACUGGCCAGGAAACUGGACGAAGUCGAGGGAGAGAUCAGCUGCUACAAAGACGAGAUCGAGACGGAGCUGGAGAAGAGCCGACCGAAGCUCAGAGGAAUCUACGCCGCCUACGCCAAAGAAAUCGACCCCGAGGGCGUGGAGGUUGCGUCCUCGCCGUCUGAACCCGAGGCGGCGCCAGAGGGCGAAGAGGACGAGCUGCGAGCCGCCGCCGAUCACCUGACGCAGAACUUCCUGUGUCAGGUGAUCCAGGAGGAGGAGGGGCGGGGCCAGAAGAUGCAGGUGGGGUUAGAGAUGGAGGGGGCGGGACCAGAGAGGGAGGAGGCGGGGCUAGACGUGGACGGGCCGGGCCCUCAGCGCCAGACGGCCCCGCUCGCCGACAUCCUGGGGAAACUGCCGGCUGCCGCCAGUCUCCAACAAACCUUCCAGACCUUCAGCGAGACCGGAGAGAAACCAGACGACGAGCAGUCAGAGAGCGGCGAGCUGGACCUGAUGGGGAUCGACGACCACGAGAUAGAAAAGUACAUCCUGAACGAGCGGGAGGUUGAGGUGAAGACAGAGCUGUGGAUGAAACAGAACGAGGAGUACCUGAAAGAGCAGAAAGAGAAAGAAGAGAGGAUACAGAAAGAGAAAGAACAGGGGACGUACAAAGAGAAGCCGAAGAAGAAGAAGAAGAAAGCGCAGGUGGCGGCGCUGACGGCUGGCGAGGCGAUCGAGAGGAUGUUGGAGAAGAAAAAGAUCUCCAGUAAGAUCAACUACGACGUCCUGCGAGACCUGAACAGCCGCGGGACAGGAAGUGGGGGGGGCAGCAGUCCCAGCAGAUCCGACGCCGACCCCCCCGCUGCCGCUGCCGCCGCGGGGAAACGCCUCAACCGGCGGCGGCGCAGGAAGAACAGCGACGCUAACCAAGACCUCGCCGCUAACGCUAGCAUCAUGGGGAAGAGGGUGCGCCUCCUCCUGUCCUCCACGUCUAAGAAGAAGAGAACAGCGCUCCAGGCAGAAAACCCCGUCACCAUGGCAGCAGCUGAAGUGACCUCUUACCCUGAACCCGACACGGCCCCCUCCCCCCCGCCUGCCGCCGUGGCGGAGGCGGAGGAAGAGGAGGAGGAAGAGGAAGUCGUGGUGGAGGAGGAGGAGUGCGUCAGCGCUCUGCAGCUCGUUGGAGAUUACGGCUGUGAGGAGGAGGAAGUCUUCUAGCUGCUGACCUUUGACCUCCAGUGACCAAACUCUCCGUCCAAUCAGAAUGCUCCAGAGAGCCAGACCUGUGAUCUAUUUAAACUGUCGUCGAUGAACUGAACGAGAUUUUAAACGUGUUCAUAUUGUAAAAAGUGUAUUUUUGUAAACUGUGUGUAGAUGUUUGUUUGUUUUCUUA